CGAGUAACUUCGUGUUAUUUCUCUUUCUUUCUCUUUUUAGGUUGAUUGAUGAGUGAGUAUCUGGAGUCUAUUUCUUUUGAUUUAAUAGUAUAGAACGUGGUUCUCAUCCCGGGCACCGCCCCCUUUCGUCUUACAAUAUGAUUGCCAAAGGGAUCCGAACGACUGCGAUCCUCCUCCUCCUCCUCCUCCUCGCAACAUGCACCCCGACAAGCAGCGCAACAGCGACAUGCUACUUCCCUGACGGGUCCAUCGCAAGCAACAACGUUCCCUGCUCAUCGGACACGUAUUCCGCGUGUUGUGGCAAAUCCGACGUCUGUCUAUCGAAUAACCUCUGCAUGGAUACGGGCGAACAGCCAUAUGUUCUGUCCCGGGGAGCGUGUACGGAUCCGAAUUGGGAGUCGGAUAAUUGUCCGUCUGUUUGUCAGAAUAUCACUAAAGACGGCGGCUGCUCGAUUAUAGAUCUUCUCUAUGAGAAUGGCGUCUCGACGUAUUGUUGCGGCACUCCGAUAAGCAAUGGCAGUGAGGUGAUUUGUCCGCAUGGGAACUCGUUUGAGGUCGCUACGGGGAAAAUGCUGUAUGGGUAUGCGGCGCUUGCGAACUCUACAGCGGAUGCGUCGUCGGGGAAUAGUACGUGUACUUCGUCGAAUUCUUCGGCCUCGGUGCCAUCUUCUUCAGCCUCCUCCUCGUCGUCCUCCUCAUCUUCCGCGGGGCGGGAUACAGCCAUUGGUGUUGGAGUUGGGGUCCCUCUGGGCGUCAUUGCGGGUGCUUCGCUUGUGUGGGCGUUUUGGGAGAGGAAGGAGAGGAAACGGAUGCAGAGAUCCGAUGGUAGUGUUGGUGGCAACCUGGCAAUGGAGCAGGGGUACUCUGCACCUAUGGUAAAGACACAGCGACCGCCAGUUGAGCUGGAAGUUAAUGGUGCGAGGCAUGAGCUGGUAUCAUGA